AUGGAAGACAAAUGUCCUUUUUGCGGCAGCCGGGAAGGUGCGCGGAACCUUCCCGUUCCGCACGGUCCGGCGCAUAAUCCGUCGCAUCAGCUGUCGCACAACCCAUCGCACGGCCAAGCUAGCCAUAAUACUCCCCAUCAUCCGCAUCACGCGCCGCAUCAUGCGGCGCAUCACGCGGCGCAACAGCCGCCGCCACAGGCGCCGUACGAGACGGUCCUGGUGGCGUGCGCGAGCUGCGCGCGAAUCGUCGCGGAGCGGCGGAUUAUUCCUCUGCUGUUCGUGCCGCGCACCGUCGAAGAAGCUUCCUUCUGCCUACCCGCCAGGGACGUGCUGUUGCACGCGAAGCUUCGUCCGGACGAGGUGCGAGCAGCAGCGGAUAAAAUAGAAGAGCUGAAAGCCGUAAAGGAUGCAGAAAUUAAAGCCGGAGAGAAUGAGGAGGUGAAGGCAGAAGUAGCAGCAGCAGCAGAUGACAGUCGAGGAACGGCUAUUUCAGGGAAGCCAGAAGUGAAGGUGGAGACUGAGGAGGGUUUGAUGGAGAAGGGGAGGAGGGAGGUGGGGAAGAAAGAAGUUCAGGGAGGGGAAGGGGAGGAGAAGGUAGCAGGAGAGCAGGUGGGGAAGGAAGAGGAGAGUAAGUCCCUGGAGGAGGAGGAGGAGGAAGAGGAAGAUGAAGAGGAGGAAGAAGAGGAAGAGGAGGAAGAGGAGGAGGACGGGGGGGAGGACACGGGGGAAGGAGAAGAAGCACCGGAAGAGCAAACAAGCCCCAACUCGCUCAAUUCCCUCACGGACGACGACCCACCUCACCGCUUCCUGGACCCCUCAGACCAGUUCCUGGACGUCUUCUCAUCGCUUUCCCUCGAGUCCGCUCCGCCGCUCUUCUGCGCCGCCUCGCUGCCCUUCUCAGGCCAGCUGGCGGAGAUGGAGCGGCUGAUUGGCCCAGUGCUGUACACCGGAUGCUCAGGAGGAGCAGGGGGGAGUGCUGUGGGGACCACUGAUUUCCUACGUGCGUAUUUUCAGAUUCUGGAGGUGAGCGGGCUGCUGGAGAUAGAUCAGAGCAUCACGGACCACGCGGUUACCCUAUUCCGCGACUACGUGGUGUCGGCAGGCGGGGCGCGGAACCGCAACAUCGAGGCGCUGGCCACCGCAGCCGUGGUGCAGGCCAUGCGCGAGGCGCAGGAGGCCCGCACCCUCCAGGAAGUUUCCCUGGUGGCGGGGAUUGCGGUGAAGGAGCUUGGGAGGAGUUUGAAGGGGUUGAUGGAGGUGCUGCGGCUGCAGCAGCCUGUCAACUCCAACUCUGUCUCCUUCCACAUGCCUCGAUUCGGGUCCAUCCUGCAGCUCCGCAAGUCCACCCAGGACUUGGCAACGCAUGUGGGAGAGGUGGUGAUAUCCAAGUCCUUCUGCACGCGCCGCAACCCCAUCAGCAUCAGUGCUGCAGCCAUAUACCUCGCCUGCCAGCUAGAAGACAAGAGGCGCACGCAGACUGAGAUCUGCAAGGCCACCGGCCUCACAGAGGUGACGCUAAGGAAGGUAUACAAGGAGCUGCUGGAGAACAUAGACGACCUGCUGCCUCCGGGUUACGAGCCCACCAUCCCUGCGUGCAGGGUCGCUAGCAUGCCCCUCUCUGGCCAUGGCGCAGGGGGAGGGGGAGGGGCAGGAGGUGGGGGGAAGGGGGGAGGCGCGGGAGGGGGAGGGGGAGGGGGAGGGGGAGGAGGAGGGGGAGGCAAGGGAGGGGAAGGAGGAGGAGGUAUUGCUGGCGGGAGGGAUGGAAAAGGGGGUGGAGGAGCAGCAGCAGCAGCAGCAGCAGCAGCAGCAGCAGCAGCAGGGACGGUGGGGGCGGCAGCAGCUAGAGCCGCAUUUGUUGCAGCGGGACCAGGAGGAGAAGGGGGAGGAGCAGGAGGUCGGGCAGGAGCACAGAUACCAUCUGGGCACAAGGCCCCUUUCUCCCCCUUUGCCCAUUUCGCCGCUCCUGCUGCAACCGCCACUGUCGUUCGUGCUGCUUCACCAGCACACCGCUGUCUCUCCCCUCCUUCCCUUCUCCUCCCGUACGCCCCUCACUCUCCUCCACCUCCCCUCGUCCUCCCCUCUCUCUCCCCUUCCCUCCCUCCUCAUCUUCCCCUCGUCCCCCCCUCUUUCUCCCAUUCCCCUCCUCCCUCGCCUCCUCCCCACACCCUCCUCCCCCUCUCCCUCCCUCAUCCUUCCUCUCCUCUCCCUCAUCCCGCUCUGCCCCUCUCCUCCCCCCAGGUUCCUCUCCCUUUAAGCGCCCUCCCCUCGUUCUACCCGGAUCCACUCCCCCUCUCUCCUCCUCCACCCCCUACCCAACUGCACCGCUCUCCACCACGUCAUCAUCCUCUUCCCCAUCACCCAUGGCCCUGCACAUGCCUUCCCUAG